AUGGCGCGCAACCUCCGCGCUCCGACCGCUCCCUACAGCGAGCCGCUACUCCCCCAACUCGAUGUGCGAAACCCUUACUACACAGAUCUGCACCACAACCUACGUGCCUGGGUUCGUGAUUACGUCGAUACUUCCAUCGCACCCUAUGCAGCGGAAUGGGAAGCAGCUGGGCAAGUACCCGAGUCAGUGCGUCGACGUCAUUGCGAACUGGGAUUCAGCAUCGUACAUCCUCUCACGACCGAGGAGAACGCAGCUGGCCUGUCGUUGCCAGGGAAUGUCCCGCGUGAUAAAUGGGAUACCUGGUGCUCACUCAUUGUGUCGGAUGAAUUGACACGCGUGGGCUACGUUGGCGUCAUUUGGGGUCUUGGUGGUGGGAAUGGAAUUGGGUGUCCGCCGGUCGCCAAGUUUGGUACCCCCGAGCAGCAAAAGCGAUGGCUACCUGGUGUUGCGAAAGGUGACAUCCGAUUCUGUUUAGGAAUUACCGAGCCUGAUGCUGGGUCUGAUGUCGCUAAUAUCCGAACAACCGCGAUCCGGGAUGGUGAUCACUAUGUUGUGAAUGGCGCGAAGAAGUGGAUCACAAAUGGCCUCUGGGCUGAUUACUGCACAGCUGCUGUGCGAACAGGAGGUGCUGGACGAUCGGGAAUCAGUUUGCUUGUCAUUCCCCUGGCUGCUCCGGGCGUGACUCGUCGACGAAUGUUCAAUUCAGGUGUUAAUGCAAGUGGCUCGACUUUUAUUGAGCUGGACGAUGUUCGGGUGCCUGUCGGAAAUUUGAUUGGAGAAGAGAACAAGGGCUUCGCACUCAUCAUGUCGAACUUCAAUCCGGAACGUCUGGCCUUGGCCUACUUUCGGCUCUCCCUCAUCCAGAAGGACGCCAUCCAAUCAAAGAUAUUCAAAUUUGGUCUUAUGAUUGAGCCGGCAUAUGCAUUCAUGGAGCAGCUUGUGAAUAUCCUCGAGCUCACCAAGGAUCGGCCAGUAGACGAUGUCAAGAUUGGGGGAAUGACCGCCUUACUGAAGGUCAUGUCUACCCGCGCACUUGAAAAGAGUGUUCGAGAAGCACAGCAGAUCUUUGGAGGGGCAGGGUAUAACAAGGCUGGGAAAGGAGCACGGGUCGAGCAGAUUAGUCGCGAUGCUCGUGUUCAUGUCGUCGGUGGGGGGUCAGAAGAAAUCAUGCAGAAACUGGCCCUUCAGGAGGAGACGAAGGCAUUGAGAAGUAGACGAAAGGCGCUUGAAAAACGUCAGUCGAAAGUUUAA